AUGGGGAAGCUCAUCCGCUUGGAGUUGUUCAACUUCAAGUCCUACAAGGGCCACCACAUCCUCCUGUUUGGCGACUCCUACUUCACCUCCAUCAUCGGCCCCAAUGGAUCCGGCAAGUCCAACUCCAUGGACGCCAUCUCCUUUGUCCUGGGUAUCAAGUCGUCGCAUCUCCGUUCCGCCCACCUCAAGGACUUGGUCUACCGCGGUCGCGUCCUCAAGACCUCCAAGAUAAACGACGACGGCUCCGCUGAUGCCCCCGCCGCCAACGGCCACGCCAAUGGCGAUCCUAAUGGCGUCGACCAGGCCGACCAGCGCCCUACCCGUGGCGACCCAAAAUCUGCCUGGGUCAUGGCUGUCUACGAGGAUGACGCCGGCGACGAGCAGCGUUGGAAACGCGCCAUCACGAACCAGGGCUCCAGCGAGUACCGCAUCAACGACCGUGUUGUCACCGCCCAGCAGUACAACGACGCCCUCGAGGCCGAGAACAUCCUGAUCAAGGCCCGCAACUUCCUCGUUUUCCAGGGAGACGUUGAGGCCAUUGCCGCUCAGUCGCCCCAGGACCUGACCCGCCUCAUCGAGCAGAUCUCGGGCAGCUUGGAGUACAAGGCCGAGUACGAGCGCCUGCAGGCUGACGCCGACCAGGCCUCCGAGACGUCCAACUUCCAGCUGCAGCGCCGUCGCGGCAUCAACUCCGAGAUCAAGCAGUACCAAGAACAGAAGAAGGAGGCCGACAGUUUCCAGGCCAAGACGGACGAGCGCGAUGCCGCCGUUGUUACUCACAUCCUCUGGAAGCUCUACCAUUUCCAGCGCAUGAUGGACGAGUCGAGCGCCCAGAUCCAGGAGCACCAGGAAAACCUGAAGGAGUUCCGCCGCAAUGUCGACAAGUUCGAGAGGGACCUCGAGGCUGCCCGUCAGGAGCAGGCCAAGGUCACCAAGGAGGUCCAUAAGGUCGACCGCCACAUCAAGCGCCAGGAAAAAGAGAUUGAGGACAAGGAGAACAGCCUCGUUCCCAUCGAUGAGAAGGUCCAGCAGACGAGCCAGGCCGCCGACAGGAUCCGCGCCAGGAUUGCCACUGUCGGAAAGGAGCGCGACGACCAGGCCAAGUCGAUCAAGAAGAUUGAGAAGGACCUCGAGACGGUGCAGAAGGCCCAGAAACAGUUCGAGGACCAGUGGAAGGAAACCAUGAAGAAGCAGGGCAAGGAGCUGAGCGACGCCGACCGCAAGGAGUACAACACCCUGCGUGCCCAGGCCAUGGCCAAGUCGUCCGACAACCAGGCAAAGCUGGAGAAUCUUGUCCGUCAGCUCAAGACGGACGCCUCCACCGUCGACAGCCUUAAGGGCAAGGUCGAGAACUACCACGCUGCCGUGGAAAAGCUCGAGUCCGAGCUGGUCGCCAUCAGGGAGAGACGGGACGUCGUGCAAGACAGCGUCAAGCAGACCUCCAAGGAUAUUGAUGCCAAGAAGAAGGAGUUCAACCAGGUCCAGUCGGAGCGCGUCAGGACCAACCAGCGGCGCACUGAGCUGGACGAGAAACUGCAGGAGGCAUUGAGGAAACUGGGCGAGGCCGAUGAGGGCCAACGCCAGAAUGCCAAGGAGGCCAGGAUCAAGGAGACCGUCACCUCGCUCAAACGCAUAUACCCCGGCGUGAAAGGCAGGGUCGGAGACCUGUGCAAGCCCACGCAGAAGAAGUAUGACGAAGCCGUCAUCACAGCUCUGGGCCGUGACUUUGACUCGGUCAUCGUUGACUCUGAGAAGACGGGCCAGGACUGUAUCCAGUACCUGAAGGAGAACCGUGCACCAGCCAUGACAUUCCUUCCCCUAGACAACAUCAAGGUCAGCGCCGUGAGCAACGCUGUUAAGGGCAUCCAGGGUGCUCGGCUGACCAUUGAUACCAUCGACUUCGAUUCCGCUCUGGAGCGCGCCAUGACAUACGCCUGCGGCGGUUCUAUUGUCUGUGACACUCUGGACGUUGCCAAGCAUGUCUGCUACGAGCGCAGGAUACCCGUCAAGGCCGUAACUUUGGAGGGUUUCGUGAUCCACAAGGCAGGUCUCAUGACUGGUGGUCGGGGUCCUGAGCACAAGGGCAAACGCCGAUUCGAGGAACAUGACGUCCAAAACCUGCGCAAGAUGGCCGAAAAGUACAUGGAGGAGAUCGAGAAGCUGCCUAAGGCCGACAGGCGUGGUACGACCGAAGAAAACCUGCACAACGACCUGGCUGGUCUGGAGCAGCGCCUGGCCUUUGCCCGCAACGAAUUGGCUGCCUACGAACAGAACCUGGCCAGCAAGAAAAAGGAGUUGGACAACGCAAAGCGUCAACUUAAGGAGUUGCAGCCCAAGUACAAGGAAGAAGACAGCAAGCUGCAGAAGACGCGCGCGGCUGUCGACAAGUUCCGCGCGGCCAUCGCCGAGGUCGAGGAUAAGAUCUUUGCUACCUUCUGCAAGAGACUUGGCUACACCGACAUCCGGGCGUACGAGGCUCAGCAGGGCAGUCUUGAGCAGGAGGCAUCCGAGAAGCGCAACCAGUUCGAAGUGCAGAAAUCACGCCUGAACAGCAGCCUUAACUGGGAGAAGUCCAGACUGAACGAUGCGCAGAGCAGGGUGAAGCGCAUGCAAGACCAACUCAACCAGCUCCAAGACGACAUCUCAACCUACGAGUCGCAGAAGGAGUCGAUUGAAGAAGCCAUGGGCAAUGACCAGGAUGCCUUGGCCGCGCUACAGGAGCAGUACGACGAGCUCAAAGAGAAGCUCUCAGAGCGCAACCAGAAGGUGAACGACGCCAAGGCUGAUGUGCAAAGGAGGAGUAAAGACAUCGAGAGCAGACAGAAGGCUAUCGCUGGACUGGAGACAGAGGUGCAGAAGAACAGCGCUGGCAAGUUCGCUCUGCUAAGGCGAUGUCGACUGGAACAGGUCAAUGUCCCACUGGCCCAAGGCUCAUUGGACAAUCUGCCCAACGAAGACAACCUCCUUCAGCAAGACCCAGAUGCCAUGGAUGUGGACGAAGGUGGCGAUGCGGAUCUUAUGGAGGAUGCCAUGAAUGACUAUGGCAUCGAGGUAGAUUUCGAUCUACUCGACGAGGACUUGAAGGAUUCCGAGGACGACUCCGUUGAAGAACGACUCCAAGGCCAGAUUUCGUCCCUAACAGCAGAACUCGAGAAGCUCAAUCCCAACAUGCGCGCCAUGGAACGACUUGGCGUUGUGGAGGCCAGGCUCCAGUCCACGGAUCAGGAAUACGAAGCCUCCAAGGCCGCGUUCAAGGUGGCCAAGGAUGCAUUUGACGAAAUCAAGGCUAAGAGAUUUGAACUCUUCAACAAGGCAUUCACGCACAUCCAGGAGCAAAUCUCGCAGGUCUACAAGGAUCUGACGAGAUCCGAGGCGUAUCCCCUGGGUGGACAGGCCUACCUCGACAUUGAAGAGGACACGGACAAGCCUUACCUCUCGGGCAUCAAGUACCACGCCAUGCCGCCGCUGAAGCGGUUCCGUGACAUGGAGCACCUUUCCGGUGGUGAGAAGACGAUGGCCGCUCUCGCUCUGCUGUUCGCCAUCCACAGCUACCAGCCCAGUCCUUUCUUCGUGCUAGAUGAGGUCGAUGCCGCUCUGGACAACGCCAACGUCGAGAAGAUCAAGAACUACAUCAGGGAACAUGCCGGCCCUGGUAUGCAGUUCAUUGUCAUCAGUCUCAAGACGGGUCUGUUCCAAGACAGUGAGAGCUUGGUCGGAGUAUACAGAGACCAGGAAGUGAAUAGUUCGAGGACAUUAACGUUAGAUCUUCGCAAGUAUGCCUAA